AGACAGAAAGGAGUAACCUGGCUAACCUGAUGUUGGGCAUGAUGAGAGCGGUAAUGUGGAAUAACACAAUCCUGCAGGUACACCUGCUCGCAGAACGACAGCUCAAACAGAAGCAGCAACAAGAUACUGCCGCCUUAACAGCUGCCAUCUGCGUCGCAGCAACACAGCAGCAGCACCAGCACCAGCACCAGCUGUUGAACUCCACUCUCACACGCGUCAACAACAUCGAGGCUCAGGCCUCAGCAGCGCCAGGUUGCAUGACAGACACGGCGAAGCAGCUCGGGGAGCGCAUCGACCAUGUCGUCAAUGUGAUCGGUGAACUGGGUGACUUCACUAAUCCAGCCACAAUCAGCAGCAUGGUGGCCGCUAAGACGGACAUCACCAAGCUGCAGUCACGACCGGACACCGCUACAAAGGCAUACAAGAUUCCGCGCUUCAACAUCGGCAAGUUUGACGACUACAACAAGACGGACGCUUUGACAUGGUGGCAAGGCUUCCUCACCGAAGCAUCCUGCCACUCUGUACCGUCCGAAGAUAUGAUGAAAGCGCUCUACCUCCAACUCACUGGAGGAGCACAGGCAUGGAUGAACCAUACCGCGGCCAAUCUGAAAUGCACCAUCGCCCAACUGCACACGCACAUUCCGUGGAAGCAGUUCGAGCAAAUGUGGUCCACUCGAUUCAUGGCCCGCAAUGUUGUAAAGGCGACCAUGAAUGGCGUCUACUCCAGCUCACAAGGGAACAUGCCAACUCGAGACUGGACGAUCAAGUGGCAGAAGAUAGUAACCACUCCAGGCUUCAACUUGAGUUUCCCAAACCAACGAUCUGAGUUCUUUUCGUGAUCGUGCGUAGGACUGCGGACGACACUCGGCAACGAGUACGACUAUGCCUCAUUCCAGGCCAUUCUGAAUCGUGCGAACCUGGUCAUCCAAACGGAUGACAAGGCCGCUAACGAACGGCAGUCCCAGCCUCACUAUGUGGCUAAGCAAGGCUACCAAUGACCGGCACAUAACAAUGUCGUGAUUCCUGAUGAAUCAAUCGAUCUCCACGCU